AUGGCUUCCCCACAUGCCAAGGGAGCUUCGCGCUCAGUGAGAUUCUCCGACACGCGCGAAUACGCGCCCCGCUCCCCGUCACCAUCCGGCCCCGAACCACAGAGCGACAGCGAGGACGAAUUGGCCGGAAACGAAGCUGACGUCAAACUGCUUCCCUUGAAGUCUCGCGAUCCCCAAUCUCCCGAAUCGAGCUCCCGACGUCCGGCCCAGAUCGAGGUGCCCGAUCACGAACGCGACACUUCGAAGCGCAUUGAAGAGCUCCUUGCCUCGGAUCGCAACCUGUUGCCCGAUGCAUUUGAUACUGAUUUGGAAGAUGGGGAUACCAGCUCUUUUUCUGAUUUCAGUGACGAUUAUGGAAUACCAUCAGAUAAGGGAUUGCUACCGAAGGGCGCUGAAGGGGACGAUGACAAGCGCUUUAAGUGGAGGUCAUUGUUCCGCCUGGACUCUUGGUGGAAUGUUCUUGGCUUCUUGGUCAUUGCUAUAGUGGUUGUAUGGCUCGCCAUCAGAGGUCUACCCUGGUCUUCUGGAAAGGGUGCUGGAAAUGGAUCUCAAACGGUCUCUUGGUACCCUACACCCCUCGGCGGAACUAGCAGUCAGUGGAAAGAAAGCUAUGCGAAAGCGCAAGAACUGGUCCAGGCAAUGUCCAUUGCCGAGAAGGUAAACAUUACCACUGGGACGGGCUGGCAAAUGGGGCUCUGUGUAGGAAAUACCGGGGCCGCCGCGCGAGUCAAGUUCCCCUCUCUGUGUCUGCAGGACGGCCCGCUCGGGCUCAGAUACGUGCACAACAUCACGGCAUUCCCUGCAGGAGUUACGACCGGCGCUACAUGGAAUCGGGAGCUGAUGCAACAGCGGGGCUUUGCACUCGGCAAUGAAGCGCGGCUUAAAGGCGUCAACGUCGUUUUAGGCCCGUCCAUGGGACCCAUGGGCCUGAUGCCUGCUGGAGGUCGUAAUUGGGAGGCCUUUGGAUCGGACCCCGUGCUCCAAGGCGUGGCUGCGGCCGAGACCAUUCGCGGUAUCCAACGGAAUGGUGUCAUGGCUACGGCGAAGCACUUCGUUGGAAAUGAACAAGAACACUUCCGCCAGUCCUUCGAGUGGGGACUUCCGGAGGCACUUUCGUCGAAUAUGGAUGACCGCGUGCUGCACGAAGUAUUCGCCUGGCCAUUCGCUGAAAGUGUACGGGCGGAUGUGGCGAGCGUGAUGUGCUCUUACCAGAUGGUCAACAACACCUAUGCCUGUGAGAACAGCAAAUUGAUCAACGGUAUCCUCAAGGACGAGCUUGGCUUCCAGGGCUUCGUUCAGUCGGACUGGUUGGCCCAGCGCUCAGGCGUUGAUAGCGCCAUUGGAGGUCUCGAUAUGAGCAUGCCCGGUGACGGCCUCCACUGGGCCGACGGUAAACCACUAUGGGGAAGCGAACUGACGCGCGCGGCAUUGAACACCUCUGUUCCCAUGGAGCGCUUGAACGACAUGGUGACCCGCAUCGUUGCCGCCUGGUAUCACUUCCGACAAGACUCUUGGGAGCAGCCUGCCCCAGAAGGGGACGGAGGUCCAAAUUUCUCUUCGUGGACCCAAGAAGAAGUUGGACGUCUUCACGAAGGCUCCCCUGACAAUGAUGCUACUGGUGUGGUGAAUAAAUUUGUGGAUGCACAGGGUAAAGGCGCCGAGGCGCAUUCUAUUGUGGCUCGAACAGUUGCGGCAGAGGGCACCGUGCUUCUCAAAAACGUCAACGGCACGCUCCCUCUUUCACGAGAGCAGCCUGGCACCAGUGGAAAAUACAGGGUCGGUGUCUAUGGUGAAGACGCAGGCCCUGGCAAAGGACCCAACGCUUGCGCCGAUCGAGGCUGUAACCAAGGAACUUUGGCUUCAGGCUGGGGUAGUGGUGCCGUGGAGUUCCCAUACCUGGUCAGUCCAUGGGAAGCCCUGCAGCACGCCUGGUCGGCGGAUACAGUUGAUGUCCGAGACUACUUGACGAACUCCAUUCAGCUCGAGGACCUCGUGGAGCAAGAUCUAUGUUUGGUUUUCGCCAACGCAGACGGCGGCGAAGGAUUUCUCCGCAGCGAUGGGAUCGAUGCGGAUCGAAACGACCUCUUCCUGCAAAAGAAUGGCACUGAACUGGUAGAAGGGGUAGCGAGCCAUUGCGGCGGUGGUCAAGGAAAAACCGUCGUCAUCGUGCACUCCGUUGGCCCCGUUGUGAUGGAGUCUUGGAUUGACCUUCCCGGUGUGCAAGCUGUGCUGUACGCCAAUCUUCCCGGGCAAGAAAGCGGCAAUGCCCUGGUAGAUGUGCUUUUCGGUGAAGUAGACGCCAGCGGUCGACUGCCAUACACCAUCGGUCGAAGCUUGGAAGACUACGGUCCAGGAGCUCAAGUAGUCUACCAACAUACAGACCCCUCAGUCCCACAAGUCGACCUGAACCAAGGCCUGUACAUCGACUAUCGAUACUUCGACAAGUACAACAUAACCCCACGCUACGAAUUCGGAUUUGGCCUAUCCUACACAUCCUUUGAAUAUUCCACCCUUGGGAUCGAAAAAUUACAGAAAAAGACCCAGCACCCCUCCCCUCGCCCGGGCAAUGAAGUCGAGCCCCCCAAAUACGAUACCAGGCCACCUAAUCCAUUCACCGGCCUAUUCCCCUCUGACUUCCGCGUUCUUCGCAAAUUCAUCUAUUCCUACUUCGACACCCUGGAGGGUACAGAUCCCGGCCAAUACCCAUAUCCCGAGGGAUACAAUACUCCCCAGACCCCAUCUGCCGCAGGCGGCGGACCAGGAGGCAACCCAUCACUCUACGAAGCCAUGCUCGAGCUCUCUAUCGAAGUGACCAAUACCGGUCCUCGGGCAGGGAAAGAGGUGGUCCAAGUAUACGUGUCUUUCCCGGAAGAUGUCGCCGAACAUCGCGGGCUAGGCUGGUCUCGUGAAGCCAUCGAGUUUCCAAAGCGUGUUUUGCGCAAUUUCGAAAAGAUUGCCUUGCAGCCAGGAGAGACUAAGAUGGUGAAGUUGACUUUGACUCGCAAGGAUCUGAGUUAUUGGAGCGUGCGCGCGCAGAAUUGGAUACUGCCCACUGAAGGCAAGUUUAAGAUUUGGGCUGGGCGGAGCUCUAGAGAUCUACCGCUGGUGGUGGAGUUCUAA